UGAUUUAUAGUGAUCGGUCGUGACCGGCCAAUAAAACCGAGUGAUCGAUCGGUCUUUUAUUAACGUUACCUGAGCGGAUCUUCCGCAUAUCUACAUCCAACUGACUCGACCCUCUCAACCCUGCUUUCAUCUGGCUUACAUGAGUUCACUCCAGCGCAACAUGGCCAAAUAAACAGAAAUCUCCACUCGGAAUCCAAGACGGCUGUUUGAUGUUGAUCCUGAACCUUGGAUAUUUUUCAGGAAAGGAAUCAUGGCUGGAGAGGACCCCUACCUCCCGCCUCAUGCAGGGUACUUGGAUCCAUUGGAUGCAUUCAGAGAGGACACGAUGUGGAUGCCCAUGGACCCUACAUUUCAGCCCAUGCAACACAGUAAUGCUUUAAGGGCAGUCGACGCACCUUAUCUGCAAAUUGUUGAACAACCGAAACAGAGGGGCUUUAGGUUCCGGUAUGGAUGUGAGGGCCCCUCCCAUGGAGGACUCCCAGGGGCCUCCAGCGAGAAGAACAGGAAGUCCUACCCACAAGUUAAGAUCUGUAACUACCAGGGUGCAGCACGAGUUGUAGUUCAGUUGGUGACCAACACUCAGGAGCCACAUCUUCACGCUCACAGUCUGGUGGGCAAACAGUGUGACAAGGGAAUCUGCAUUGCCGACCUGCAACCUAAAGACUCAAGCAUCAGUUUUCCUAACCUGGGCAUUUUGCACGUGACAAAGAAGAAUGUUAGUAAAAUUCUUGAGGAGAGGAUGGUCGAGGCCUACAGGAUGGGAUAUAACUGCGGCGUAUACAUUCAUCCUGACAUUGAUAACCUACAGGGAGAGGUCCGCAUGCCCAGAGAACUCACAGAUCAUGAAAGGAGCCUGAUAUGCAGUACAGCCACCCAACAAUCAAAGGAGAUGGAUCUGAGCGUGGUGCGCCUGAUGUUCACGGCAUUCCUGCCCGACAGCGAUGGAGGCUUCUCCCGCAGACUGGACCCGGUCAUAUCCGAACCAAUCUUUGACAGCAAGGCCCCAAAUGCCUCCAAUCUGAAGAUAGUACGAAUGGACCGGACCGCCGGCUGUGUCACAGGAGGAGAGGAGGUCUAUCUGCUGUGUGACAAAGUCCAGAAAGAUGACAUUCAGGUGAGGUUUUAUGAGGACGAUGAUACGGGUUCGAUCUGGGAAGCCUAUGGAGAUUUCUCACCCACUGACGUGCACAGACAGUUUGCCAUUGUCUUUAAGACGCCUAAAUAUCGAGACCAGAACCUUCAGAAGCCCAUUUCUGUGUUUGUACAGCUUAAACGAAAGUCGGACAAUGAAACGAGCGAACCCAAGCCGUUUACCUACCACCCACAGAUCAUAGAUAAAGAAGAAGUCCAGAGAAAGAGACAAAAGACCCUUCCUCACUUCCCGGACUACAGUGGAGCGGGGGGCGGAGCUGGGGGCAUGUUCAGAGGAGGGGGCGGGCCUACUACAGGCGGCGGUCCUAGUGGAGGAGGUAGUGGAGGACAUUUCUAUCAGGGUUAUCAAACCUAUAACAAUUACGGGUCUGGAUACAACUUCUCUCCUGGAAUGGGAGGAGCCGGUACCAGCAUCAAACAGUCAUCUCAAGAACCUGUUGAAGACAGCGAUGAAGACAGUAGCGGUGAUAAUGAUGAUUAUCCAGCAGCAGGUGGUGUGAUGCGAAUCUGUGGCCAACCUGAAUCUGUUAAGAGUGAAAAUACAGAGCCUAUUGAAUAUCUAGAGUCAGAUAUGACGGAUUGUGUGAUUGACCCACAUUUGGCAGAACUUGCAAAGAAACAGGCUGAAGCUCUUUUUUAUUACGCACUGAGCGGUGACCCUAGAAUGCUGCUGGCUCCACAGCGCCCCCUCAUGACCACACAGGACGAGAACGGGGACACAGGUUUGCAUCUAGGGGUGAUUCACAGUCAAACAGAUGCCGUGAGAAAUUUAGCACAGAUCAUCUUUGUUCUUCCUGGAGAGGAUGUGCUGAACAUGAGAAAUGAUCUGUACCAGACUCCUUUGCACCUUGCGGUGGUGACGCAGCAGAAAGAAGUGGUGGAGGCCUUACUUGAAGCCGACGUGGACGUUACGCUCGCAGAUCGUAAUGGAAACACGGCACUUCACCUGGCAGCUCAGCACAAGGAUGGGAGCGUGCUACGAUUGCUGCUGAAGCACAACUCGGCAGCGAGGUUAACUGGCGUUCAUAACACUGCAGGUCUCUGCCCACUUCACCUGGCUGUUCGGGCCAACAGCUUGGGUUGUAUGAGGGCCCUGCUGGAGGCCGGGGUGGACGCGGAGGUACAGGAGCUCACGUGUGGCCGCACGGCGCUUCACCUGGCCACGGAAAUGGAAAACCUUUCUCUCGCAGGCUGUUUGCUGCUGGAGGGUAAUGCAAAUGUAGACAGCGUCACGUAUAACGGAUCCACUCCUCUGCACAUUGCCGCAGGGCGAGGUUCAACCAAACUGACGGCACUUCUCAUGGCUGCAGGCGCUGAUCCACAUAAAGAGAACUUCGAGCCGCUGUUCUUCAAAGAUGAUGAGACGUGUACUACAUGUGAUGAUGAUGAUGAGGAGGAAGACGAAGGCUAUAUUCCCGGGACGACCCCUCUAAACAUGGCAGCCUCACUAGAGGUGUAUGAUAUUCUUAACGGAGAAGAGUAUCAACCCACCACUGUUGUUGUUCCACCACAAGGUGACAUGAGCAGCCUGAGUUGUGAAACGAAGCAGGACCUCUGCCAGGCGCUGGAGGAGCAGACGGGAGGCUGGGAGAGUUUGGCUCAUGCUCUCGGUCUGGGCAUUCUCACCAGUGCAUUUAAACUCAGCUCCUGCCCGGCUGGAAAGCUGCUGGACAGCUAUGAGGUGUCCGGGGGAACGGUUCAUGAUCUGAUCGAGGGACUCAAGCAGGUUGGGAACAGCUGUGCUGUAAGCUUACUGCAGGCCGUGUGUAAGGAGGCUGAAACCACAUCACCUCAGCUCACAGGUCCAGAGCUGUGUAAGGCCAUUCAGGGUUUGACAUUGGGCUCUCAGCGGGAGGAGAGUGGGAUAUGUGACAGCGGAGUUGAGACGUCUUUCUAAAACCUUAACCGAAGUCUUGCUGACUCAGUUCGUCUCUGAAUCCGAGCCUGGGGAACCAUACAAACUGAGGCUUGACCCCAUGAAGACCAGCUUUGUCCUCACUACAGCAGCAUUGCCAGUCAACCUCAGGACACGCCCCCAAACUCUUUAAUUGGCCACUGCCUACUGUGGGCUCUCCUCAGCCACAUCUAGAUUGGAAAUGAGAGAAUUCUGAGGAUCAUUUAAAUGAGGAUUCCUAAAGGGUCAAGGGUUUUUUCUUAUUUUUCAGCUUUUAAUUUGUAAAAACAUUCAUUUUCUUUUUAUAGUUGUUUUUAUAUUUCUGUCUAGCUGUGUUUCUUUUGUGGUUGAAUGAUGUUUUGACUGAGCCCAGAUUUUAGAUCCUGUGCAAAUGCAUAUUUGACACUCCUUUUAGGACGCUUAAUAUUUUGAGUUGUAUGACUUCUCUGUCCUGAAUUUAUUGCAUGACAAACAAAAUAGUUUUGAUGUAUUUUUAACUGCUAUUCUGACUACAAGCCUACAGUGUUCUCAAGUAUUUUUCGUCUUUUAGUAUUCAUGCAGUUUUAUGUUUUAAUGCAAAGUUUCUGAUAAUAGUCAGUUGUAUACAAAGGCUUUUCUCCUGGGGUUGCAAAGCAUUUAAUUGUGAGAGGUGCAGAAGAUGAUCUGAGUUUCAUUUGAAAAGCAAAAAAGAUCUUCUGGAUCAUUUUGACCCUGUAGAUUAAAGGUCAUUCUCAAGUAAUAAUUAAACCGUCCUAAAGACCAAGAUCAGCUGGUUUUGAGGAGCUCUGCAUGCAAAUGGCUUUUCAGGUGCCGGACUGAACACGGUUGCAUGCAUGAAAAAGUUGUUUAUGAAUUCAUAAAUGCUUCUGAAAGCAACCAGAAACACAUUAAGAUGUGCAGCGUUAUUUAGGUUGGGAAUUGGAUUUCUUUAUAAUUGUUUAGUGGUGCUACCUGCAUUUAAACCAACUAGGUCAUAAGCUUUGAGAGAUUAUUUUCUUAUUUCUCCACACAAAACAGGAGCGUUAAUCAGGGCUGGUGAUUUCUGCUGGUUUUGAGCGAUUUGUGGUGUUUGACAAGAUAAUGAUUUGUGAUCCUGUCUGUGAAAUUCAGGUUAUAAUCCAAUUAUCAGAUUAGGAGCAUCAAAGUUUGAUUUCACAUUGAUUUCAAUCUUUGACAUGACCUUACGCAGUCAUUAUUAAACAAAAUCAAGAGUAUAUUUUCACAGAUUGUUAUUUACAUUAUGUAGGAAGAUUUUAUGUAAAAACAGUACGUCACAAAAAUGACUUUAGGUGGGUUUUUAGAGACUGGGUCACAUUGUGUGUGUGAUUUAGACUCAGGAUCUUACAGAUGUGUCUGUCCUGACAGCCCUAUAUAAACUCUUUUUAGUAACAUUUUUACAUCUUGAGCAAUAAAUCAUUUCCCUAUCUGUUAUGUGUGAACUCAGGCUGUUUAAAACAAACUAGACUCAAGGAUCAACUCCAUACUGUUUAUUUGGAUUUAUGCAUCACAAUUAGGGUUGCAAAGGGGCAGAAAGUGGAACUUAAUCUGAGGAUUUUGGAAAUAUUCCAAAUUGGAAAUUUAACGGGAAUUUUGGAAAAUUUAUAGAAAUUAUAUCAUAUACAAACAUAAUUUUUUUUGGUCAAAAGCAGACAUGCAUGCAAGGUAAUGAACAUUUUGAAUAAUCCUGAUACUUACGCUCAUCAAGAAGUGGAUUUAUUUACACAUAAGCACAAAGAAGUUAUAAACAAAUGUAAUACUUUAAUAAUUCAAUACAUGCGAGGAUGGCCAUUUUGACAUUAUUGUGUGUGCAGGGGCUGUAGUCUUCAGUAAACUGUGUGCAUGUGACCAAUUCAACUGAAAUUGCAUUAAAUCUUGUUGUUUUAAACACGAUUAUGCUGCAAGGUUUUUUACUACAUUUAAGUUCCCUGUUAUAGUCAACUCUGCAAUUUUUUUUAGAUUCACAGUUUAUUCCCGUUAAUUCCCAAGGAAGGUUUCCAGUCUUGAAAAUUCCCAGAAUUUUGCAACCCUAAUCAUAAUAUAUAUGUUUAACACACACACGUUUGUAACUAAUCAGAUGUUUGUUUGCUCUGUGAAAUUUUCUGACUUUGAUCGUUGACUAGAGACAAAAUAUUUUCAGGCAGUGAUCUUUUUAUAAUUGUAACAAAACAAAUAGAAACCCUAAACCAGAGGUUUGAUAGGCACUGUUACGUAUUUUCGGUUGUAAAUUGGUAUUUAUGUCUGUGGACCCUUUGAAACGGUGGUGUUUCAGGGAAAUGUUUGUGCUUUGUAAUUGGUUUUGUGAUACUUUUAUAAUAAAAUUAUUCAUUAUA